AUGGCAACUAUAACUGAACCACAAGCCGUUCUUCAGAAAUCGGAACAUUCACGAAAAGGGGAUGACGAAGGCGGAAUUGACGAUGGAAUGAAAGGGAAAUUGAGGAGGGAUACUAUCAGUGGAAAAUUAAAGUUUUGGGCCGGAAGUAAUGCGAAUGCGAAAGAGAAGAAAGUUGAGGGAUUCCCAAAGAUGGAUGAAGGGACUUUGAAAACAUUUGUGGAAAAAGUUACGCCUUUUGAUUUCGAAAAGGACAUGGGAGACUGGGAUGAUGAGAAAUUUAGUCAUGAUUCAAGUAUGGAUCCUUGUUAUACUAACACGCUACAGAACUGGUGCCCUCAUCGCAAAAAUCUUGCAUUCUUCGCCCUCUGUCUUGCUUUCUCAAUAGUAGGCAUGCAACGCCUAAUGUUCGUUUCCGUAAAUGCAGUCAUCACUGCACAGUUCUCGAUCUCAUCUACUCAAACCGCAUCGUUGACAGGAAUUGCAUUCAUUUUCUCUGCAAUCAGUAGUCCGUUUUGGGAAAUAUUGAAUAUGAAGGUGGGAAAGAGAGGAAUUUUCAUUUUUGCCGCGGCUUUGAUGCUGGUCGGCAGUUUGUGGAAUAUGCAUGUUCAGAGUUAUGGUCAAUUUUUGGGAGGUAGAAUAAUGCAGGGAGUAGGAUGGGGAGCUUUUGAAGCGUUGGUUGGAGGUGCGAUGGCAGAAAUGUAUUUUGAAUCACAACUCCCACUUCGUCUAACAAUCCUCUCAAUAAUCGACGUCUUUUUCACAUGGGGAACCCCUAUUAUCGGCGGUUAUCUAAGCCAGACAAUUGAUGGUUACGGAAACCAAAUCAUGGUGAUGAAUGUCAUCCAAGCCAUUUCGAUAUUUCUUUUACUUAUCGCCUUUCCGGAAACAUCUUUCUACCGAACUUCUCAUCCCACUCCUCCUACAUCUCCCCCUACCAUCUCCAUCAAAUCUUGGUGGAAAACAUUACAUCUCAUGCCAUAUUGGGGUAACCCGUCCAAAGAGGAUUUACUAAGACCACUCAAGAAACUCGCCUCUCCCAUCACACUUCUUACAUUCGUCUUGGCUUCAUUACCAAUAGCAUCCGCAUACGCAUUUGCACUAAGCCUUUCAAGUUUCCUCUCCGCUUCGCCUCUAUUCAUCUUCCCAAGCCAAGUAGGAUAUAUCUUCAUCGGACCCUUUGUUCUCUCCCUCAUCUCCUACGCUCUCUUAUCCAUCGUCUCCCCCGGAAAACCCAUCCUUCCUUCUUCCGAAAAAGCCCUAGGCGGAACCUCAACCAGCGCUCUCCGUAUCGCAAUUCCAGGCCUCAUCCUCUUCACCACAGGUACCGUCGCCUUCUCUCAAUACGUAUCCACGACACUUAUUCCCCAAGCCACCAAAGUCAGCUCCACCGUCUUUGUCGUCUCAACUCCAGGCAUGGAAUGCAGUCUCAAAGUGAUCAGUCUAAUCUUCGGGAUCUUGGUUGCAGGAGCCGCGAUCUUGGGAUUCGCGGUGGAGAGAUAUUUGGCGAUUCAGCAGGGUGUGGAUGAUCAUGGGAAGGAGGAGGGUCAGAGAGGAAGAGGGGGAUUGGAUAGAGCACAUGCGGUCUUGCAGAAUUUGUUUACGGGGUUUUUGAUCAUUGCGAUGCCGAGUUGGAUAGAGCAGGGGAUGGGGGAGGAGAUGGGGGGAGUGAUGGGAUUGAAGGAUACGGGGUUGGGGGUGGGAAUUUUUGGGUUUAGAGGUUAA